AAUUACAAUAUAUACAUAGAUUCAAUAAUAGAUCUUUCUUCCUUUAUUUUCGUGGAUCCAAACCCCAAAAAAAAAAACAACAUAUAUGGCCGAUUUCAACACUACCAAUCAUCAGGCUGAUCAGAUGAUGAGUAGUUGUAGUAGAACUGGUAAAGAAGAAGAAGAGAAAGAAGUUAAAGUUGAAAUGAGUGAAAUUGAGAAGAGCAAAGUGAUCCUUAUGAGGGCUCUCGUCCAAAAACAAGAUCGUUGGAAUUCGAAGGAAGUGGGUGAUGAUUUGAUGCUUCGAAGAUUCCUUCGAGCUCGAGACAUGGAUGUGGAGAAGGCCUCACACAUGUUCCUCAAGUACCUGAGCUGGAGGCACUCCUUCAUGCCCCCCAAUGGUGGCUGCUUCUCCCACUCAGAUUUUCCCAUUGACAUCGCUCACAACAAGGUCUUUAUGCAAGGCCACGACAAACAAGGACGCCCUAUUGUCCUCGCCUAUGGUGGCAGGCAUAAGCAACAUAACCUCGAUGAAUUCAAACGUUAUGUUGUCUACAUCCUUGAAAAAAUAUGUGCCAGAAUGCCAAAAGGGCAUGAGAAGUUUGUAGCCAUUGCAGAUAUUGAAGGCUGGGGUUAUGCCAAUUGUGACAUUCGUGGAUACCUAGCAGCUCUAUCCAUUUUGCAGGAUUGCUACCCGGAGAGGCUUGGCAAGUUAUUCCUCGUCCAUGUGCCCUACAUUUUUAUGACUGCUUGGAAGAUGAUCUACCCAUUCAUUGACAAAAAUACCAAAAAGAAGAUAGUGUUUGUGGAUAACAAAAAGCUAAAAGCCACUCUCCUAAACGACAUCGAUGAGGAGCAGCUCCCGGAGAUUUAUGGGGGCAAACUUUCUUUAGUUCCCAUUCAAGAUUGCUGACUACUCUUCUACUAUAAAUUAACUCAUUCAUAUAUAUUCUAUAUAUCAUAUCAUAUCAUCAUUUGUUUCAUGACAUUAAUUAUAUGUAUAUCAUAUAGGAGUUAUCGUUUAAAAUAAUAGACUUUUUUUUUAAGUUAUUUUGUACUCUAGCCCAAUUUUUUGUAAAAUGAACUCUGCCUAAUAUUUCGAUCAGUUGUCUGAAAA